GGUGUCCUUUGUGAGCUAUCAGGGGCGAAGGCAGCUGAUUGGUGGAGAGAGAGCAUAAAGCGUCUGAACUGCUACGGCAUUGCUCAAACAGGUGAAGACUUGGAUGAAGAGAGAUCUUCGUCUGCUCCACUUGCUACUGACAGUCUACUUAACUGGCUACUUGUGGCCUACUCAUCUAGUGAUUUACUGACCUGCUGAGCUACUAACUUGUCUGAACCCUCCUCCUUCCCUUCUUGUACUUGAUCUGAUCCGGGUACUCUCCCUGACCCCCUUCUUCUCCUGCCACACGCCCUCCCCAAUCCCAUCCCUUUUUAAACUCCGCCCCCCCCCACCCCCUUUCCCACCCCGUCCCUUCCCGUCCCACCCCCACCACCUCCUCACCCCCAUCUGCACCUCCUCUCUGGUGCCCAGGCCCCCCCUGAAAAGACCAGAACAUGAAUGUUCAGAAGCUACUUUUCUAUAUCCUCUUACUCGGGUAUCUCGGUUACCCCGACACAAAUCUUGUCCCUAUUUUGGCUGACCAUUUCCCUCGUGGCUCUCGUGUCUUCGGAACUCUGUGGAAGCUUGCCGUUAUUACUGCCACCGUUGCAAUUUGUGCAUGUCUUAUUUACCUCUGGAGCGUUGUCCUUGCUACAGAGCCUCCAGUAUAUCAAGUUAAUUUACAGCAAAAAACUGCAAAGAUCAACACGUUGGAGAAAGAAAACCCAGAGCUGGCUGAAGCAAUAUCCAUGUGGGAAGAGAAGAUACAUCUUCAAGAAGCUAAGAGAGAAAGUAACAUUCACUCUGCUGAAGCUCUUAAGUUGAAAUCAGAAGAUGCAAACGGUCAAUUUGAGGAUCCAGAACGGAGAGCCUUGAGGUCCAAUAAAUGUGAACUGGAAGAAAGGAAGAAGGCCCUGGAAGACAUUUAUAAUGCUUUGAGUUCUCUUAAACCAAUCAGGGAAGAAAAAGACAAAAGGCUGAAGGAGAGAGCCGACGUCCUUGAUAAAUUCUAUGAAGAAAGAAAAAUGGCUACAGCAAAGAAUCUGGAUAUGACAAACUGUGAACUAGUGGCAAUGAAGAAUCAGAUGGCAACUGCAGAGGAAGAUCUGAAAAUAGCUACAAGGGACAUACACAAGUGCAAACAGCAAAUUGAACAAACAGGAGAACAGCUGCAGAAGGCAGAACUCACCUUCAGACACCAGGUCGCAGUUUAUGAGUGUAAUGCUCAGGACACCUGGAUCAAGACUCGGAUCUGGGAGAGGAAAAUGGCAGAGCAGAGCCGAGAGGUUGCCCGCUUGAAACACAGACUGGAUGUGAUGGAAGGAAAGAGGCUGCUUGAGGGAUACAGGAGGCAGAGACCAAUUCCUGGAAGUCCAGAGAUGCAGAACCCUGCGAGGAGAGAGCCUUUAGCCGAAGCUGGUGUCACUCCCAUGACUCACAACAACAAGCAGUCUACCAACAAUGCCGAGAAGGACAAGGGCAGUGUGGAUCCGGGGCGACCUGUUCCAUCAACUGGAAGAUUCUGCACACCCUACCCUAGAGGCCACCCUAUGAUCUCCUGGGCACAUCCACCUCCUGUACCAGGUUCGGGACCACCCCGAACCCCUCCACCUGCACCACUUGGGCCUUUUGCAGAUCCAGAUGUUGCUCCUGUGAGUAACAUCAACACUAACUCUACCAACAGGACCACGAAGGACAAGGUAAAUGCUGUGGACAUUUUCAGUUGUAACUCUUUGGCAAAACCCUCCUUUUUCUGUUCAGCGCUCUCUCCUGGCUUUGUGUCUGUGUUGUGUGUUGUAUGAUAUGUCUGCUUGUUUUUCUCAUUUUCCAAAUGCACAGCCUUAACCCAAGAGUCUACAGGCUUCUGUCUUUUCAGCCUGUCAUCUUUUUUCUGGUCAGUUUAGUAGCCAAAGGAACUUAGAAGUUGAGCACCUUAUGACUUUUCCCUUGUGUUCAAAAUAACAACAACAGGAAGAUACACUGCACUCUAUAGCAAAGUCUCUACGCUUGUUGACUCCUAACACACUACCUCUCUGUGGGAUCAGUGUUGUUGUUAUUUUCCUCUUUCUGGUCACACUAUUCAUGUGUGAAGACUAUCUGUUCAUUGUAAACGUGAAAAGACUUCCCUCCAUCUUUAUAUUGUGUGCCUUGUACAAUUUAUGAUGGUUUUAGACAAAGUCAUUGUCAUAACUCACCACCUUCACGUCUUCAUGGGUAAAUGAACUGUUUGGAAUCCUUUCAAGCAGUAUCUUAGGUAAAAGUAUUCUGAACACAAGGUCCUUCAGUUUUAUUCAUAUGAGCAGGUUCUCUUGUGUCUCCAGUCAGUGUUAGAGCUGAUACCAUCGCUCAUGACACAUCCCUGGAAAUGUAUACCAAAGUCAAAACACAUUUGCUUUAAUUCUGUUUCAUGAAUGUCUGCCUCUUUUUUCCCAUAGGAUGUACUACUCUGUGUCUUGUAGUGUACACAAAAUCAGAAUUCCUUAUGAAUUCAGGUAAACACUUGUGGGCCUAGUACUCAUUGAUGUGUAAUAUGUUCCUCACAGCAAACAUUUCCUCAGGUCCCCUACAAGACUCCCGGCAUCUCCAACUCCCGAGUGGUUUCUUGGCCUUUGACAGCACUUGCAGAAAGUAGGAAGACCUCUUUCUCAGCGAGGGAAGCAGAGGGGGCCAAGUGUGGGGCCGGCAGGCAGAACUUUUUCCCAAGAGUAGCUGUGAUUUCAUGUGCAAAGAAUGAGCUGUGUAUUUGCACUCAAUGUUUUUGUGUUCGGAAUAAGCCAAAAACAGAGCUUCUGCCGUCACUGUAGUGGAAGGAUGCAAGGUGAUCCUGGACAUGGAUGUCUGCCUGUCUGGAAUAUGCUGCUUCAUUAGUUUGGAAUUACUUAUUUAAUCCUGUAAGAUGGGAUCAUUUUGUUCUAAAUUCUCAGACAUGGGCAGGGGCAUGUGGUGACAGUAGUUUAACCGCCUGCGUUUAGUUGCCUAAGCUGUAGGUGGUACCCAGUGGCAGGGACAGAGUUUUCAGGUACUGAUGCUACUCUCUUGGAUCCUGGUGGCAGAGAAGGGGGCAGGUGCUGACCCGUACCUCUUUGGGUUUCAGCUGCUUUGGGGAUUGGUUCUCUUGUGUGGCAUCUGCACAUAGCUGUCACUUCUGUU